AUGGCCUCCAGGCUGUUCAACUAUCUCAAAGACGCCACGUAUCUCAGAUACGAGCCGAGUCGAAGGCGCGACGUAGCCAAGCAAGUGCGGCACCCCUCAGCUCCGGUGGAUAUGAAAAGCGAUGGCUUCUCCGUCAGUGGCAGAGAUCUACGGGAUGCAAAGCGGGCUCUACGAAGCCGACUUUGGGAACGCAUCUCGGUGUAUACCACGAAAACGCAUGCUGGUUGCGCGAGCGUCAUGCCACGUGACCAGACCGUUUCGUUUAAGCAGACGCUGACCGCCAUGGGGCAUGACUCAACAUCCUGGUACAAACAGCGAAAAACGGCGUCCAAAACAGGGCAAACCGAUGCGGAAAAUAUCUUCCUCGAAAGCAAUGCCUCGUCGGAGCUCCAAACUCUACAAAACGUCGAGGAAGCCCAUCGCCCUGCACUUCCUAGUCGACUCCACAUCCAACGUGUGCAGCCACACGUAAGAGACUCGAAGUGGAAGGCUAAGACAGCCAGCACCAAGGCUCACCGAGCCACUCGAGUCGCAGCUCGUCCCACGCCAACUUCUGCUUCAACACCCCCCGUCCAGCCCAACAAGAACAUGGCAUCCAGGCUGUUCAACUAUCUCAAAGACGCCACGUAUCUCAGAUACGAGCCGAGUCAAAGGCGCGACGUAGCCAAGCAAGUGCGGCACUCCUCAGCUCCGGUGGAUAUGAAAAGCGAUGGCUUCUCCGUCAGUGGCAGAGGUCUACGGGAUGCAAAGCGGGCUCUACGAAGCCGACUUUGGGAACGCAUCUCGGUGUAUACCACGAAAAUGCAUGCUGGUUGCGCGAGCGUCAUGCCACGUGACCAGACCGUUUCGUUUAAGCAGACGCCGACCGCCAUGGGGCAUGACUCAACAUCCUGGUACAAACAGCGAAAAACGGCGUCCAAAACAGGGCAAACCGAUGCGGAAAAUAUCUUCCUCGAAAGCAAUGCCUCGUCGGAGGUGCGCUGCGACACAGUGAAAAAUUUAAAUAUACAGAAGGUUCCGCUACCGUUUGAUUUUAGCUCCAAACUCUACAAAAUGUCGAGGAAGCCCAUCGCCCUGCACUUCCUAGUCGACUCCACAUCCAACGUGUGCAGCCACACCUCGUCCCACGCCAACUUCUGCUUCAACACCCCCGUCCAGCCCAACAAGAACAUGGCGUCCAGGCUGUUCAACUAUCUCAAAGACGCCACGUAUCUCAGAUACGAGCCGAGUCGAAGGCGGGACGUAGUCAAGCAAGUGCGGCACCCCUCAGCUCUGGUGGAUAUGAAAAGCGAUGGCUUCUCCGUCAGUGGCAGAGGUCUACGGGAUGCAAAGCGGGCUCUACGAAGCCGACUUUGGGAAUGCAUCUCGGUGUAUACCACGAAAACGCAUACCGGUUGCGCGCAUCACACCAGUUCGUUUAAGCAGACGCCGACCGCCAUGGGGCAUGACUCAACAUGUGCGAUGACAUAUUCAUGGGAAGGACGUCUCGCACCUGUCCAUUUCAAUAAAGUGACGCGAAUGUUCCGCUACCGUUUGCUUUUAGCUCCAAACUCUACAAACGUCGAGGAAGCUCAUCGCCUUGCACUUCCUAGUCGACUCCACAUCCAACGUGUGCAGCCACACGUAAGCGACUCGCAGUGGAAGGCUAAGACAGCCAACACCAAGGCUCACCGAGCCACUCGAGUCGCAGCUCGUCCCACGCCAAUUUCUGCUUCAACACAUCCCGUCCAGCCCAACAAGAACAUGGCGUCCAGGCUGUUCAACUAUCUCAAAGACGCCACGUAUCUCAGAUAUGCGCCGAGUCGAAGGCGCGACGUAGCCAAGCAAAUGCGGCACCCCUCAGCUCCGGUGGAUAUGAAAAGCGAUGGCUUCUCCGUCAGUGGCAGAGGUCUACGGGAUGCAAAGCGGGCUCUACGCAGCCGACUUUGGGAAUGCAUCUCGGUGUAUACCACGAAAACGCAUACCAUUUGCGCGGUGAGCGUCAUGCCACGUGACCAGACCGUUUCGUUUAAGCAGACGCCGACCGCCAUGGGGCAUGACUCAACAUCCUGGUACAAACAGCGAAAAACGGCGUCCAAAACAGGGCAAACCGAUGCGGAAAAUAUCUUCCUCGAAAGCAAUGCCUCGUCGGAGCUCCAAACUCUACAAAACGUCGAGAAAGCCCAUCGCCCUGCACUUCCUAGUCGACUCCACAUCCAACGUGUGCAGCCACGCGUAAGCGACUCGAAGUGGAAGGCUAAGACAGCCAACACCAAGGCUCACCGAGCCACUCGAGUCGCAGCUCGUCCCACGCCAACUUCUGCUUCAACACCCCCCGUCCAGCCCAACAAGAACAUGGCAUCCAGGCUGUUCAACUAUCUCAAAGACGCCACGUAUCUCAGAUACGAGCCGAGUCAAAGGCGCGACGUAGCCAAGCAAGUGCGGCACUCCUCAGCUCCGGUGGAUAUGAAAAGCGAUGGCUUCUCCGUCAGUGGCAGAGGUCUACGGGAUGCAAAGCGGGCUCUACGAAGCCGACUUUGGGAAUGCAUCUCGGUGUAUACCACGAAAACGCAUACCAUUUGCGCGGUGAGCGUCAUGCCACGUGACCAGACCGACAUUCGGAAAAAGGAUUUCAUUGGUCACGUCAUUGGUAACCUCCAAACUCUACAAAACGUCGAGAAAGCCCAUCGCCCUGCACUUCCUAGUCGACUCCACAUCCAACGUGUGCAGCCACACGUAAGCGACUCGAAGUGGAAGGCUAAGACAGCCAACACCAAGGCUCGCCGAGCCACUCGAGUCGCAGCUCGUCCCACGCCAACUUCUGCUUCAACACACCCCGUCCAGCCCAACAAGAACAUGGCAUCCAGGCUGUUCAACUAUCUCAAAGACGCCACGUAUCUCAGAUACGAGCCGAGUCGAAGGCGCGACGUAGCCAAGCAAGUGCGGCACCCCUCAGCUCCGGUGGAUAUGAAAAGCGAUGGCUUCUCCGUCAGUGGCAGAGGUCUACGGGAUGCAAAGCUCUACGAAGCCGACUUUGGGAAUGCAUCUCGCAUCACACCAGUUUCGUUUAAGCAGACGCCGACCGCCAUGGGGCAUGACUCAACAUCCUGGUACAAACAGCGAAAAACGGCGUCCAAAACAGGGCAAACCGAUGCGGAAAAUAUCUUCCUCGAAAGCAAUGCCUCGUCGGAGCUCCAAACUCUACAAAACGUCGAGAAAGCCCAUCGCCCUGCACUUCCUAGUCGACUCCACAUCCAACGUGUGCAGCCACACGUAAGCGACUCGAAGUGGAAGGCUAAGACAGCCAACACCAAGGCUCGCCGAGCCACUCGAGUCGCAGCUCGUCCCACGCCAACUUCUGCUUCAACACACCCCGUCCAGCCCAACAAGAACAUGGCAUCCAGGCUGUUCAACUAUCUCAAAGACGCCACGUAUCUCAGAUACGAGCCGAGUCGAAGGCGCGACGUAGCCAAGCAAGUGCGGCACCCCUCAGCUCCGGUGGAUAUGAAAAGCGAUGGCUUCUCCGUCAGUGGCAGAGGUCUACGGGAUGCAAAGCGGGCUCUACGAAGCCGACUUUGGGAAUGCAUCUCGGUGUAUACCACGAAAACGCAUGCCGGUUGCGCGACGCCGACCGCCAUGGGGCAUGACUCAACAUCCUGGUACAAACAGCGAAAAACGGCGUCCAAAACAGGGCAAACCGAUGCGGAAAAUAUCUUCCUCGAAAGCAAUGCCUCGUCGGAGCUCCAAACUCUACAAAACGUCGAGAAAGCCCAUCGCCCUGCACUUCCUAGUCGACUCCACAUCCAACGUGUGCAGCCACACGUAAGCGACUCGAAGUGGAAGGCUAAGACAGCCAACACCAAGGCUCGCCGAGCCACUCGAGUCGCAGCUCGUCCCACGCCAACUUCUGCUUCAACACACCCCGUCCAGCCCAACAAGAACAUGGCGUCCAGGCUGUUCAACUAUCUCAAAGACGCCACGUAUCUCAGAUAUGAGCCGAGUCGAAGGCGCGACGUAGCCAAGCAAGUGCGGCACCCCUCAGCUCCGGUGGAUAUGAAAAGCGAUGGCUUCUCCGUCAGUGGCAGAGGUCUACGGGAUGCAAAGGGGGCUCUACGAAGCCGACUUUGGGAAUGCAUCUCGGUGUAUACCACGAAAACGCAUACCAUUUGCGCGGUGAGCGUCAUGCCACGUGACCAGACCGUUUCGUUUAAGCAGACGCCGACCGCCAUGGGGCAUGACUCAACAUCCUGGUACAAACAGCGAAAAACGGCGUCCAAAACAGGGCAAACCGAUGCGGAAAAUAUCUUCCUCGAAAGCAAUGCCUCGUCGGAGCUCCAAACUCUACAAAACGUCGAGGAAGCCCAUCGCCCUGCACUUCCUAGUCGACUCCACAUCCAACGUGUGCAGCCACGCGUAAGCGACUCGAAGUGGAAGGCUAAGACAGCCAACACCAAGGCUCACCGAGCCACUCGAGUCGCAGCUCGUCCCACGCCAACUUCUGCUUCAACACUCCCGUCCAGCCCAACAAGAACAUGGCGUCCAGGGCUGUUCAACUAUUCUCAAAGACGCCACGUAUCUCAGAUACGAGCCGAGUCAAGGCGCGACGUAGCCAAGCAAGUGCGGCACUCCUCAGCUCCGGUGGAUAUGAAAAGCGAUGGCUUCUCCGUCAGUGGCAGAGGUCUACGGGAUGCAAAGCGGGCUCUACGAAGCCGACUUUGGGAGCGCAUCUCGGUGUAUACCACGAAAACGCAUGCCGGUUGCGCGUGGAGCGUCAUGCCACGUGACCCGACCGUUAAUUUUAUCGACUACAUGAGGAGACAGGCCAAUGGGAUCAAGGCGGCAAUGAUGCCUGGUGUAAUUGAUGUACUUACCGUUGUACCAAUUGAAGACAUUCGGAAAAAGGAUUUCAUUGGUCACGUCAUUGAUAACCUCCAAACUCUACAAAACGUCGAGGAAGCCCAUCGCCCUGCACUUCCUAGUCGACUCCACAUCCAACGUGUGCAGCCACGCGUAAGCGACUCGAAGUGGAAGGCUAAGACAGCCAACACCAAGGCUCACCGAGCCACUCGAGUCGCAGCUCGUCCCACGCCAACUUCUGCUUCAACACACCCCGUCCAGCCCAACAAGAACAUGGCAUCCAGGCUGUUCAACUAUCUCAAAGACGCCACGUAUCUCAGAUACGAGCCGAGUCAAAGGCGCGACGUAGCCAAGCAAGUGCGGCACUCCUCAGCUCCGGUGGAUAUGAAAAGCGAUGGCUUCUCCGUCAGUGGCAGAGGUCUACGGGAUGCAAAGCGGGCUCUACGAAGCCGACUUUGGGAAUGCAUCUCGGUGUAUACCACGAAAAUGCAUGCUGGUUGCGCGAGCGUCAUGCCACGUGACCAGACCGACAUUCGGAAAAAGGAUUUCAUUGGUCACGUCAUUGGUAACCUCCAAACUCUACAAAACGUCGAGGAAGCCCAUCGCCCUGCACUUCCUAGUCGACUCCACAUCCAACGUGUGCAGCCACACGUAAGCGACUCGAAGUGGAAGGCUAAGACAUUCAACACCAAGGCUCACCGAGCCACUCGAGUCGCAGCUCGUCCCACGCCAACUUCUGCUUCAACACACCCCGUCCAGCCCAACAAGAACAUGGCAUCCAGGCUGUUCAGCUAUCUCAAAGACGCCACGUAUCUCAGAUACGAGCCGAGUCAAAGGCGCGACGUAGCCAAGCAAGUGCGGCACUCCUCAGCUCCGGUGGAUAUGAAAAGCGAUGGCUUCUCCGUCAGUGGCAGAGGUCUACGGGAUGCAAAGCGGGCUCUACGAAGCCGACUUUGGGAAUGCAUCUCGGUGUAUACCACGAAAAUGCAUGCUGGUUGCGCGAGCGUCAUGCCACGUGACCAGACCGGUAAUUUUAUCGACUUCAUGAGGAGACAGGCCAAUGGGGUGACGUGUUCCGUCAAAUCGAAAGAUCACCUUACUUGA